AUGAAGGCAUGGGAGGCAACAGUUCGCAAGACACAAGCCGCAGCGAAGAAGCGAGCUAACAGCAUUUUCGGAACAACCUACGCAGCCCACGUCGGAGAAGACGACGUUGAAGACCAAGAAACCGUCUGCAACAGCCAUGGAAAUGGAGAAAAAUACCAAGCAGAGAGAUUUCUCUCCAAUGGAGACUAUUACACAGGCAGUUGGUACGAUAAUUUUCCACAUGGGUUUGGGAAAUAUUGGUGGACAGAUGGGUGUAUGUAUGUAGGAGAGUGGGACAAAGGCAAAACCAAUGGCAAAGGCACAUUUAGUUGGCCUUAUGGAGCUUCAUAUGAUGGGGAUUUCAAAUGUGGGUACAUGGAUGGUGAAGGUACAUUCACUGCAUCUGAAGGAGGAAUGUACAGAGGUUCAUGGGUCAUGAAUUUAAAACAUGGUCAUGGUGUUAAGGAAUUUCCCAAUGGAGAUUGUUAUGAUGGAGAGUGGUGUAGAGGAGUACAAGAAGGUCAGGGAAGAUAUCAAUGGAAGAACGGGAAUUUCUAUGUUGGAGAAUGGAAAAAUGCAGUCAUAUGUGGUAAAGGAAAGCUUGUUUGGACUAAUGGGAAUGUUUAUGAUGGGCUAUGGGAAGAUGGGUUACCCAAAGGGAAUGGUACAUUUAUGAAGUCUGAUGGGAGUUUCUAUGUGGGUAAUUGGAGUGAGGACCCAACAGAGAGAAAUGGGACUUAUUACCCAUCUGGGUCAUUGAUAGAGGUAGAGGGUGACCUUCAAUGGGAUUGUCAAGAGGUUUAUGACAUUGACUUGAAGGAAUGUAAGGUUUGUCCUAGUGAGAAAGUAUCAAUUUUGCCAUCUCAGAAGAAGCUUGCUGUUUGGAGGUCUUCUAAGGCUGUGGAUUCAAGUGUUAGGCCUCGGAGAAUGUCAGUCGACGGGAGGUUAGAUGGAGGUGUGGAUAAGGAAUUUAGUAGAAUGAGAAUGUUGGAUGGUGGAGGGCCUUGUGGUUCUGAUCCUUUGGAUAGGAAUUUGAUGGGAGGAAGAGAGUUUGUGGAUGAUGCCAUGGCUGGUUUGCAGCUCAGAGAUGUGAGUACAAGAGGAAGCCCAAUUAGGAUACCAAAGGUGAUAAAGAGACAAGGAGAGACUAUCUCUAAAGGGCAUAAGAAUUAUGAGCUCAUGCUCAAUUUGCAAUUGGGGAUCAGGCAUUCCGUGGGAAGGCCAGGUCCACCUCCAUCGCUGGAUCUGAAGGCUUCAGAUUUCGACGCAAAAGAAAAAUACUGGACAAGAUUCCCACCGGAGGGAUCCAAAUACACUCCACCACACCAGUCCUGUGAAUUUAGAUGGAAGGAUUAUUGCCCUAAAGUUUUCAGGACACUAAGAAUGCUAUUCAAGGUGGAUGCAGCUGACUACAUGCUAUCAAUUUGCGGGAACGAUGCCCUCCGGGAACUCUCCUCUCCUGGAAAAAGUGGAAGCUUCUUUUAUCUCACCAACGAUGACCGUUACAUGAUCAAGACAAUGAAGAAGGCAGAAGUUAAAGUGCUCAUAAGGAUGCUUAACGCCUACUAUAAUCACGUACGAGCAUUUGAGAACACUCUGGUGAUCAAGUAUUAUGGCCUGCACUGUGUGAAGCUAAAUGGGCCCACACAGAAGAAGGUACGUUUCAUUAUUAUGGGGAAUCUAUUCUGUUCUGAAUAUAUGAUUCAUCGACGAUACGACUUGAAAGGGUCUUCGCUUGGCCGCAUCACAGACAAGCCAGAGGCAGAGAUUGAAGCAACCACAAUUCUCAAAGACCUUGAUCUCAACUUCCUAUUCCGACUGCAAAAAACAUGGUUUCAAGAGUUUCGAAGGCAAAUUGAUAAGGACUGUGAGUUUCUUGAGCAGGAGAGAAUAAUGGACUACAGCCUUUUGGUUGGUCUUCACUUCAGGGAAGCAACAAAUCCUGGAGAGCAUACACCCUCCGGUUGUCGGACACCUAUUGAUACUGGUGGUGGCUCAGAGUCUGAAUCAUUUCCUCGUCUGUCUACAGCGGACCUUGAUCAGCUUCUAUUAGACCCAGCAGGGUGGGCUAGUAUUAAGUUGGGAGUGAACAUGCCGGCGAGAGUCGAACGGACGGAGAGAAAGAACGACCGUGAAUUUCAGCUGGUCGGAGAACCCACCGGGGAGUACUACGACGUCGUUAUGUUCUUCGGCGUCAUAGACAUUCUUCAAGACUAUGACAUAACCAAGAAGCUUGAGCAUGCCUACAAGUCUAUCCAAUACGAUCCAAACUCAAUCUCAGCCGUUGAUCCAAGGCAAUACUCAAGACGAUUUCGCGAUUUCAUAUUUAAAGUUUUUGCAGAAGAUACUUGA